AUGGCGCACUACAUGGAUCCCAUGCGCCACUACGACGCCAGUACCAUCAUCCGACCUUCUCAAAGAUCAGAAGACGACUACGACUUGCAUACAAACUUAGCUACUAGUAGCAUCUCGCCAUGGUCGGCCUCAGAUGCACUGUCGCUGAUCACCAUCAUCUCUGCGCCUAUUGUCACACUACCCAUGCUUGGUGCUAGUGGCAUGCUGCAAGUUAUGCCGAGUCCUAUUGCAACGAAAGCUGUUAUUUCAGCAGGAGCACUGUAUGGAUGGCCCCUCCUUUGUCUUGCAGGCGGUACAUGUGUCGUAGUUUGGGUGGGAGUUAGCUAUGUCAGCCGCCGUAUUCGCUGGCCUGCGAAGGCCCGGGCGUCUGACAUUCCUCCUUCAGCUACACCAUCGAAGAAUGGUACUAUCCCCCAACCUCGCUGA